AUGUCCAACAAAACCCUUGCCGGCAAAGUCGCAAUAAUCACAGGCGCAAGCCGCGGCAUAGGCGCAGCAAUAUCCCUAAAACUAGCCCACCAAGGCGCAAACAUAGCCCUAAACUACAAGAGCAACGCCAACGCCGCCGAACAAGUCGCAAAAGAGAUCCGCACGUUGGGCGUCCGCGCCAUAACCCUGAAAGCAGAUGUCUCACAGCAAGAAGAAGUGAAAGCCAUGUUCGAGGCUGCGCAGAAAGAAUUCGGACGCCUCGAUAUCGUCGUGAGCAAUUCGGGUAUUGAGCAUUUUGCUGAUAUUGCGGAUGUGAAGGGGGAGGAUAUUGAUGCUGUCUUUGCGGUUAACGUCAAGGGGCAGUUCUUCGUUGCGCAGCAGGCGUAUAAGUAUAUGGAGGAUUUUGGGAGGGUUAUGCUUACGUCGUCAAUUUCGGCCGUUAAGGGUGUUCCUCGACACGCUGUCUACGCUGCUUCCAAGGCUGCCGUGCAGGGUAUGACCAAGUGUCUAGCUGUGGAUUUUGGGUCGCGCAAUAUCACUGUCAAUUGCAUUGCUGCUGGCGGUGUUAAGACCGAUAUGUACACUGAGAUGUCGGCGAAGUAUAUUCCUGGCGGGGACAAGAUGAGUCCUCAGCAGAUUGAGGAGUUGUUGAGCAAGUGGUCACCUUUGGGUCGGGUUGGCGAGGUGGAGGAUGUUGCUGGGGUUGCUGCUUUGAUUGCUAGUCCUGAUUCGCAGUGGUUGACUGGUCAGACUUGGCAGGUUUCUGGUGGUUCUUAUAUGGUUUAG